AUGCGGCUCGACCUCGGCCCUCCGCAGCGCGGCGCCCGCCCGCCGGCGCCCGCUCCCUCCAAGCGCGUCCUCUCUCUCCUCUCCGCCUCCACCGAGAUCGUCUGCCGCCUCGGCUGCGCGCACCUGCUGGUCGGCCGCUCGCACGGCUGCGACGACCCUCCGCUCGCGACGGCGCUGCCGGUGGUGACCGCGCCGCGCGUCGACCCAAACGCGCCGUCGCUGCAGCUGGACGAGGCGGUCCGCGCGCAGGCGGCGGCUGGCGGCCCAAUCUACCAGAUUCGCUCCGAGCUUGUGCGCAGCCUCCGGCCGGACCAAUGCCGCAUCUGCGCCGUCACUCCGGAGGACGUUGACGCGGCCUGUGUGGCUCUGCCCUCCACGGCACUCGUCACCAUCAUGCCGGUCACGCUCGACGACGUGCUCGGCGACGUUGUGACCAUCGCAGCCGCGCUCGGUGCUCCUGAGCGCGGCCGGCGGCUGGUGGCGCACAUGCGCGCGCGGCUCGGUGCCAUCGCGCCGCUCGUGCCCGCCGGCGCGCCCGCGCCUCGCGCGCACCUCGAGUGGCUCGCGCCGCUGAUGGGCAGCGGCUACUGGAUCGCCGAGUGCGUGCAGGCGGCCGGCUGCUCGAUGGUGCACGGCACCAAGGGAGGCCACUCGAGGGUCAUCGAGCGCGCGUCGAUGCUGGCGGACGCCGACCUGAUCCUCCUCGCACCGUGCGGCUUCAGCCUCGAGCGCACGCGCGCCGAGCUCUCCUCGCUCCAACUGCUGCAGUCGGACGAGUGGCGCGCGCUGCCGGCGGUGAGGAGCGGAGCCGUGGCGGUGGCCGACGGCAACCUGUACUUCAACCGCUCGUCGUGCGGCGUCGAGGCGGCGGAGAUUGUGGCGGAGGCGGCGCACCCCGAGCUGCGAGGCCUCUUUGGCCACCACGGCAGGCAUUGGGUGAGCCUCUCGGAGCUCGACGCCUUCUGCGACCGCGACGGCGCCGCGUCGCCCACCAAGCCCGUGGCGCUGGCCUCCGGCGUUGCGGCGGCUGCGGUGGAGAACGGCGGCGGCGCGGCCAAGCUGCGCGGCACGGACACCGCGACGCCGUCGGCACACGUCGACGCCCAGCUCGAGGCGCUGAGCGACGGCGACUUCGCCAGCGCCUUCGCCCUCAACUCGGCCGCCAAUCGCGCGCGGCUGAGCGGCGCCGCCAACUUUGAGGCCAUCGUCAAGGGCUCGCCGAGCUUCAGCGUUCUGCUGCACUCUUCGACGGUUUGUGUCGUGCAGUGCGAAGACGGCGAGGGCAGCGCGGCCGCCGCGGCCGUGCGCGUGCAGGCGACGGCGGCGGCUGACACCGCCGCCGCUGCGAACAUCGCGGAUGAGGUCCGUUUCGUCUUCGACCUGAGCCGCAGCGGCGCCGGCAGGUGGGAGACCGACGGCGUGCGUAUAGAGUGCUGA